AUGACCACCGAUAUCCAAGGAUGGACGUCUGAGACUGUCAAAGGUGUGCUUGGAGCUGCUUUGGACGUGAGUGUCCCCUGCAGUGCUGCCCUUCGCCGACAGUAAGUGAGCUGAUCACCAAGGCGGAACCUUGGCUUUACAGUUCCAGGAGGCCGAGCAAUCGCAAUGGAAGCUGAUCUAUUUGAAGGAGCUAGCAGACGAGCUCAAAGAUGAGAACGCGAACAGCUGUGAGUAGAACAGCUGGUUGAGGGUGGCCCUGUCAGAAGCGUGAUCAAUUCUCACCCUUGCCGACUUGCGCUCCAAAUCAGUGCCGCCCAUCGAUGUCUCCCUUGCAGACCGGAUACUGCUGGCUAGGCUCUCACUGGAUCCGCAAGCGGACGUCAUGAGCGAUGAUGGCGAAAAGCUGCAGGCGCUUGCCUCGCUACCGGACGAUGUGACAUCUUGGGACUAUCUCUGCUUAGCAUAUAGGCGUUGUCGAGCCGAAGAAUCACGGAUAAAGAAGGUGAAUCUGGAGAGUCGAAGCUUCAGCAGGUACCCAUGACUAAUGCGGACUCCACUGUUCCUGCAGGUGCUGGGUUCAAAGGCUCCCCAGGGUCAGGCAGUCCUAGAUGAGCUUCGAAGGUUGUUGACCUCGUACAUGGGUCUCGUGCUCCAGGACGCUAGCAUCUUUCCUGGAACUAGCAAGAACGGUGGCAAAAUGACAGUCAGUGGUCUGACCCUUCUACCAAGCUUGUUGAAGGAGUCGACUGCAGCUUCAGGAGAUCCGUACACUUCGUCGAAUAGCAGCUCAAGUGGAGCAUAUCAAUUCCCCAGGAAGGGAGAAUGGGCGACUAUCGAUUCUGUCGAUCUUCCUCUCUUCUUAUCAGAGCUGGCAGAGAGAUUUCAAGAUGAAGGCUUGGAGGAGAUAAUCGAGCCACCCUUGCACGAAAUUAGUCGACACGUACGCAAUGGUCGCGAUGCAGAUGGUAGCGCCCAAGCCACAACACAGUCAGGCUCCGCCAAUGGUCAGAAUUCCGCCGCAGAGGCCGAAGCAGCGCGAGGCAGAGCGCUUCAAGAAGCGGCAGCAGCCGGAAAUGUCCAGGCAGUCUUGGCUCAGCUUCUCGCGGGAGGAGCUCCCGCAGCUGGUGGAGGCUUACCGGGGGGCCGAGGGGCGGCGGGACCGAGUCGCAACGAGGGCAUGACCAUCGAGGGAAUGGAUUGGAGGUCGCAUCUUACAGCCGUAGUCGAGACUCUCGAGGUGAAACCCAUUGCGGCCAAAGUAGGUGACGUUCAGGAGUGGAUAUCAACACCCCGCGACUUUGCUUACACUGCGGGAGCAUCUCACAGGUUCCUGGCCUUCCUGAAUUCACGCCUGCUAGCGCCACUGGACCAUCCAUAGAGAACGACUCGCUCUUGGGCCCAUUGCUCCGACUAUCCUCAUUCAUCGACGUGGCCCCCUCUGUGGCUCAGACCUACUUCUCCGAUCUCAGUCAGGCGGCCAACGUCAAUGCGGGGAUCACUACGCUUCGAGGCACGCUUCAGCUCGUCCAUCAACUUCAUUUCCGCAUGUUCAAUGCGAUGGUCCGCGCAAGCCCAGACAGUAGGGAAGGCGUCCUGGCAUUCUGGUCGAAGAUCUGCGAGCUGAAUAAGCGAAGAGGGGUCGUGCGCGUUCGCAAGUCUGAAGUAGCGACAGACGGCUUCAUGGUAAACGCGUUCGAGACUGCCCUUCGGUUUGCUGAGCCUUUUAUGGAUCCAAAGUACACCAAAGUGAGCCUUUGCAAUCUUCAAAUCCAGACGCGUGAGCUGACAUGUCUCUAUCGGACCUCAGAUCGAUCGGAUCGAUCUGGAGUAUCACCGAAGGCAGAAGCGCUUCGACGUGUCUGACCUGACGAGAUUGAGUGCUACCGAGCAGGAAGCGGCGAAGUGGGCAGAAGAGGGCGGCGGUGAGAUUCAAAGCGUCCUCAUACAGCCUUUCUCAGGCUGAUGUUCUUCAUCUGCCAUAUCAGAAUUCACGUCGACGCCCAACUUCAUCACCGAAUCGUUCUAUCUGACUGUCCGGCUGGCGUCCUUGGGUGUCAAUAAAGCGCUGCGCACCUUCAAUGAUAAAGCAGACGAACGGCAACGGCUGAAGCGCAGAGCAGCAGAAAUUGAGCAGGAUCGCGCUUCAUGGUCGACGACGCCGCAAGCGCCUCAAUUUGAGGCUUUCCUCAAGAAGGUGAAGGUGGAUUGCGACAACAUCAACGCUGGACUCGUUGCCGCCGAAGUCCAGCUGCUGGAGCCUGACUUCACCUACCGGCUACUCACGCUUAUCAGCUUUGUCAUGACCUGGCUCGUCCGUGUUGCUGACCCAAUCCAUCAACAUCCUCAAAAACAAGUCUCUUUGCCCCUUCCCAAAGAGGUGCCAGACGUCUUCCGAAUGUUGCCCGAACACAUUUUCGAAGACGUCUGUGAGACACUAAUCUUUUUGGGCCGGUGCGUUGGAGUAGGCGAUGUUUUCCGCAGAUCUCUGCUAAUCUCCAGUUUACGCUUCGCAGUUACAAACCAGACUCGCUGCCCGAGGCGGUAAAGAAUGACCUCAUCACCUUUUGCACGACGUUCCUCUCCUCGGGGUGGUACAUCAAGAACCCUUUCCUGAAGGCGAAGCUUGCCGAGGUAAGCAUUACCAAGACACUCUCUGAAACAGCAGCGGCUGAUUGUUCUUGGAGCGCCCUCAGAUACUGUUCUUCUUCGUGUUGCCUUAUGGCAGCAACCAGACUGGCUUCUUGGGCGAGCUGCUCAAUUUCCACAAGUUAGCAAUUAAUCAUCUUGUCCCAGCCAUCAUGUCCUUUUGGGUUGAAGCCGAGUCUACUGGCAGCCACACGCAGUUCUACGACAAAUUCACUAUUCGCAGUCACCUGGCACGAGUCUUCAAAGUCAUAUGGCGCAAUCCGCAGCACAAAGAGCGCAUCCACGCGCAAGCUGAUACGAACAAAGACGGCUUCAUCAUUUUCGUCAACCGCCUGCUCAACGAUGUCACGUUCUUGCUAGACGAUGCACUAGAGAGACUCUCCGCGCUGCACAAGCAGCAAGUGGAAAUGGCUGACGAAGCAACAUAUAGCCAAAAGAGCGCGGAGGACCGGCAGGAGUUCGAAGGGCACAUGCGCCAAAACGAGAGCCACGCUCGCAGUAUGCUUGGUUACGGCAACGAGUUCCUCGAGACUCUGAUCGACUUCAGCGGCGAGUCCGGACGAGUGCGCGAUGCUUUCAUGCAGCCGGAGAUUGUCUCCCGCUUAGCGCCCAUGCUGGACUACACGCUCGACAUGCUUGUUGGACCUAAAGCUCAGGACCUGAAGCUCAAAGAUCCGAAGAAAGCUGGAUUUGACAUCAAGCAUCUCAUUCGUCAACUUCUAAGCGUUUUCCUGAGCCUCUCAUCACGGCCUGAAUUUGUUCAAGCUAUCGCCCGCGACGAGAGGAGUUACCGAAGAGAAAUUUUCGAGAAAGCCGCCCGACUGAGCCAGAGAUACAUGCUCAAAUCUCCGCCAGAAAUCGAAGUUUUGUUAGGUCUGGUCGACCAGGUAGAGAAGAUCAAGCAGAUGGAGGCGGAAGAGGAAGAAGACCUUGGCGAGAUACCUGAUGACUUCUGUGGUGAGCGUCCCAACAUUGGCCCAAACAUCAUCGCCCGGAGCGUCAUGGGCCAUGGUUACAGACGCUGACAACCUUUCACGCUUGACCCUUAGACCCUCUAAUGGCAACUCUGAUGACCGAGCCGGUCAUCUUACCUUCUUCGAAAGCUGUCAUAGACCUCUCCACGAUCAAAUCUCACCUAUUGAGCGACGCAACAGAUCCUUUCAACCGAGUGCCUCUCAAGAUUGAGGAGGUUCAGCCUGGUGAGUGCGCAGCGAAUAUCCGUCUUUGUCUCCGAGAGGGCUCCUCAAGCUCAUCCCUUACUUCGUUCGGUGCCGUCUGCUAGCGACCGAUCUCAAAGCUCAGAUCGACGCUUGGGUAGCUGAGAGAAAACGAGCAAAGGGCAAGACAGCGACGUCCUGA